AUGUAUUUUUUUUUCUUUCAGGUAAUCGAUAGGGAAAAGUUGGCGUAUGCUUCAAACAUUUCCAUCAUAUUAGAGUUAUUGUGUGCUGUGCUUAUUUUUGUGUUGAUUGGCGUGUUUCUUCGUGUUGCUCCUCUAAAAUGGGCCCAUUUCGUAGCGCCCCGCCGAGUCAACGUGUGCCGUGCCGAAUUAAAUAUUAUUAAUCCAAAAGUUGAGGAUGCACUCGAAUCAACAGCGGUUGAGAGACCAAAGGAAAAUAUAACAAAUGUGAAAAGGCACAAGGAGGAGGAUUCCAGAGGAAAUAAAAUCUCUCCGAUUGUGGAAAAAACAACCAAUAGAGCGGAAAAAACCUCAAGAGUGGUGAGAGACAUAUCGCUUGAAGAUACUCUCGAUGAGUUUUUUAGGGAAGAGCAAUUGCUGCAUGAUACAUUACUAGAUGUUGAAACGGAUAUGAACUUGCACAGGGUUGAAAUUGAACCAACGAUGAGGUUGUUAUCGCCUCCGAAGGUUGUUAACCAACGUAUUAAAGUUCCUGCAAGUCCCGAAAAGCGCCGGGAAAAUGGGCGAGGGAAGGUGGUACCCGUAAGUAAGGUUCAUGAGAAAUCUCUAGAUGAAGCUCUUGAAUGUUUUUUUAAUGAUGAGGAACUGCUGGAAGGAACCCUUCAAGAGGUGUUUUGA